AGGACAGAACAGAAAAUUCUUCAUAAAUAGGAGAUAAGAGACUCAGGUGGUUUCAUCACCACAAAAACACUCCCACAACACAGCCUGUGUAUAAGAAGGGAAUUUCAGGUGAAACGUUGUAUUUGUGCUGACUCUGUUCAGGCGAACUCUGUACUGUGCUUGGUUGUAAAGGAUUAUUCUCACUUCAAAAUGAAACCGGUGAAUUAUGAAGUCACUAUGUUCACUGCCAAUCGGGUCAGUGCCACCACUUUAAACGACAUCUUCAUUAAGCUGGUGGGCACCGAUGGGGAGAGUGAGCGCAAGCAUCUUGUGAGCCUGAGGGGGGCUUCUGCCUUCAUCAGAGGAGCUGUGGCAGGUUUUACUGUGUCCUGUCCCACCUCCAUUGGAAAACUGGUGCUGAUUGAGAUCGACAAACAGCCUCUCCUGUUCUUCCCAGAGGACUCUUGGUUUCCCUCCAAGGUGGAGGUCAAAUCCCCUGAAGGACACACCUUUACCUUUCCUGUCUACCGCUGGAUCACUGGCAGCAUGGUGCAAAACUUCAGGGAGGGAAAAGCUCUGAAAGUCUUUGAAGACAACAAUCCUCUUUGCCAGUACAGUCGAGAGCAGGAGCUAAAGCAGCGUCAGGUGGAUUAUCGCUGGCAUGUGUACGCAGAAGGAAUCCCACACUGCAUGAAGGCAGAUGACCCUCAGGCUCUGCCGUGUGAGGUCCGCUUCUCCUUCACCAAACAGACCGAGUUUCUCUUCACUUCUUCCACAGGACUGACAGAGCUGAAACUGAAGGGGCUGGAUGUCCGUAAAGAGAAGUGGACUGACCUCGACCACAUUAAGCGGGUGUUUUUCUGCAAGGUGACUGAGGUAUCAGAGUACGUCCAACGACACUGGAGGGAAGAUUCAUUCUUUUCUUACCAGUUUCUAAAUGGCAUCAAUCCCAUGAUGAUCAGACGCUGUAAAGCCCUGCCCAGUAACUUCCCUGUUACUAAUGACAUGGUCCAGAUCCAUGGUCAGAGUAGCCUGACUGAUGAAAUGGAGAGAGGCAACAUUUACCUGUGUGACUACAAACAAGUGGAUGGUGUGAAAACAAACACCAUCAAUGGGAAGAAGCAGUACCUGAUGGCUCCACUGGUCCUCCUCCAGAAAACUCCAGAUGAUAAAUUGAUGCCGAUUGCUAUUCAGCUGAAGCAGAAACCAGCAGAAGACAACCCGAUCUUCCUUCCCACUGAUUCAGAGUACGACUGGCUGCUGGCAAAGAUUUUUGUGAGGAGUGUAGAUGCAAACGUGCAUCAGCUGAACUAUCACCUGCUGCGCACUCACCUGCUGGCUGAGGUUUUUGCUGUGUCACUGCUGCGCAACAUGCCCAUGGUGCAUCCUCUGUACAAGCUUCUCAUACCUCACACUCGCUACACUCUGCAAAUCAACUUUUUGGCUCGAAAGAGACUCAUAUCUGAGGAUGGAAGUUUCACCCUGUUUACAUCAUCUGGUGGAGAGGGUAUGGUUACAAUCCUGAGGAGGUCUCUGUCCUCCCUGACGUACAGCUCACUCUGCAUGCCUGAGGACAUCACUGAGCGUGGGCUGGAGGCUGUGCCCAACUUCUUCUACAGAGAUGAUGGACUCAAACUUUGGGAUAUUAUCCACAGGUUCGUGAAAGGAGUCCUUGCCUAUUAUUACAAGACUAAUGACGACGUCCAGAGAGACUCUGAACUACAAAAAUGGCUUUUGGACAUUUUUGAACAUGGAUUUCUUUCCCACGCUGACACAGGAAUUCCACAGAAAUUCACUACAACAGAUGAGCUGAUCAAAUUUGUUACAAUGGUGAUCUUCACUAGCUCAGUCCAGCAUGCAGCUGUCAAUUCUGGACAGUAUGACUUUGGUGGCUGGAUGCCAAACACUCCCCUCACCCUGCAGCUCCCUCCACCAACCAAAAAGGGAGGAGCAACUGAGGCCACGAUGCUGAACACACUCCCAGAUGUCAAUGCAACAGUUCAAGGCAUGGCCACCCUGUGGCUGCUCAGCCAGCAGUCCAUCGACUUUGUCCCUCUUGGCCACUACCCUGAGGACCAUUUCACUGAGGAGACUCCACAAAGGAUCAUAAAGGACUUUCAAAGAGAGCUUGACGUGUUAAGUGGAGCCAUUAAAGAAAGAAACAAGCAUCUAGCAUUGCCGUACACGUACUUGGAUCCAGUGGAGGUGGAAAACAGCGUGGCCAUUUGAAGAAUGGAGUUUACAGCCUGCGUUAAGCUACUGUGAUGGAUUUAAUGUCAUGUUUUUAGAUGGAACAUGUGAGAAAAUAUGCUUUAUAUUUUUUUCAACAAUUUGACACACUUUGUCUAACUACUAAAUAAAAUAACUGAUCAACUUC